GAAAGUAGUAAGAAAUACUAGAAAGAAAGAAACCUCUUCGAGUCUUCUACAUUAGUUGCCAAAAUCUUUCAAAGCCUCGAAUAGAUCAUCAAACCCAAACACAUCUUUAUCCGAAACCAAAAUCCAAACAAAACCCACGUCGUAUGUUUCACUGAUUUACUCAAGCCAACCUUAAAAUCACUUCUUGAUAACUCCAAACUCCAUUUUGUUCUCUUAAAUUUCUUAAUAGAUCGAGAGAAGAUCGUAAUUUUCAUCUCACUAAUAGUAGAGGAGAAAAAAGAUUGUUUCUUUUGUUGUCUAAUCAUCUUUGUUUUCAUACUGAUUGUCUCAUGCUGAAUGUAGUAAUAGAGAGAGAACGGGAAUCUUAUUAUUAUUGUUAUUAUUACUACGAUGAUAAUGCGAUUUUUUUGCGUAUAGUUAACAAUUACAUGCACGAAAUGUUGUUGUGUUUAUAAAGCUGAUAAAGCUGAGAGAUUUUUAAAUUUUGAAAGGUUUGAAUUGAAAGAUGUCGAGUUAUCAAUUGACGAAAGUUCGCAAGGAUACCCUUAAAGCUUGCAUGACAUGCCCUCUCUGUAAUAAAUUGUUCAAGGAAGCUACAACUAUCUCUGAAUGUCUUCAUACAUUUUGCAGGAAAUGCAUAUAUGACAAGUUUACAGAUGAAGAAGGAGGAGAUUGCUGUCCAGUAUGCAAUAUUGAUCUAGGUUGUGCUCCAGAGGAGAAGCUGAGGCCUGACCACAAUCUACAAGAUUUACGGGCAAAAAUCUUUCCUCUCAAAAAAGGAGAGGUCAAGGCACCUGAAGUCACAUGUGAUGUCACACCCGACGUGAAACCUGACGUGACUCGUGAAGUCACACCACCAGCUUCAGUGCCAGUAAGAAGAAAGGAGAGAUCACUCUCUUCACUGGUGGUUAGCACACCCAGGGUUUCCGCGCAAACAAACUUGACUGGGAGAAGAACAAAAGCCGUAGCAAGAAAGGCAGCUGCUUUACGAGGAUCUAGUUUUACAAUUGAUGAACCUGGUAAAAAGAAUGAAGGUUCUCAUGAAGAUCACUCUGAAAGCUCCAGCUCACCUGAAACUCUGAGCAAGAUUGCUCGAAGAAGACAGAAUUAUUCCAACGCUGAACCUUCUAAUCGCCAGCUUACCUAUAAAGAUAAAGAAAAUAUUGCAGAAGCAUGGGCUAAGAAAAUAGACCAGUGGAGACCGUUAGACUGCCUUGUUGAAGCUGCAAAUAGGACAAAAGCUCAUAAAUCCAGUUCACAAGGGUCGAAUGUGAAACAAGAACAAGCCAAUGAGCCAGAUGACGAUGUUCAUGUGCCUAAGCGUAAAGUUAGGGAGCAUAAGAAAUCGAAAGUCCUAGACGGCAAGGAUUGUGCUAACCCAUCUCCUCUAGAUCUUGAGAAACCCAAUAAGUUGCACAAGAUAGGAAAGAAAAGGACUGCGCCUCUGCAAAUUACUCCUCAAAUGGUUCUUGACGCUAUGGCUGUAAAACCUGAGAGAAGAACUACCCCAAUUUGGUUUCAGCUAGUAGCUUCCGAAGACCAGAAAGGAGAACAGUUGACCCAGAUAUCUAAGUCGUUUUUGAGUGUACAGGACGGUAAUAUGCCCGUUUCCGCAAUCCAAAAAUAUCUCGCAAACAAACUUCAUCUUACAAGUGAAGCUGAGGUUGAGAUCCAAUGUUGUGGGCAGCCAAUUGUCCCAACUUUACAACUGCAUAACUUGGUGGACUUGUGGUUACAAACGGCAAUGACAUCAGAGAGAGUUUCUGCAUUAGUGGGCGCCUCAGCUAAUGAAUUUGUAAUGAUUUUAGUUUAUUCGCGGAAAGUUCAUACAUCUUAAAAUGGAUGAUCUUUAUUCUUUUUAUUCGUUUGGAUCUUGUCCAAUAAUUCUCAGUAUGUUACUUGAUAUCCUACUGUAACUUUUAAAAUUCAAGUAUAUAUACUUGCAUGGGCAAUUUUCUUUUUGAA